AUGGACAAUCUGUUAAGCGACCUUGUUGCGACACAACUAUCCCGGUCAGCGGCCGGUGACGAACUAAACAAUGGCCGAUUGUGUAAACACCACAGGCCACGUUACGCCACGAUUCCUUUGAAGUGUGCCCAAAAAACCGACAACUCUCCGAUUGCUCGCCACGAUGGACAACUGUCCGCCAUCAUAUACCAUUACCCCCUGUACACAAUGGCGAUGGCCUGUAGUGGGCACGCAUGGGCCAUUGUGUACUGGGAGCUUUACAUACAAAGAAAGGAAUGUAGAUCUUUAUGA